GUUUCCAGGGGGUCUGGAAACCCCCCAAGCAACAGCCGUCUAAUAUCAACUCAUUGUCUUACGUCACACCUUCUCCCGUACAGUUUUUGAUAUAGAUUCGGCAGUGAUUCCUGUGGUGUACUGUACACCCUACAUACGCUCCGUGACCGGCAGGGACGUCAAGGCACGCCUAACGCGCGCUAGUGUUCCAACUUUGCACGUGGCGGGCACCUUUCCUAGUCUCCUGACACGUGAAGAGAGGGAAUUUCCGAAAGUGACUGUGGACAAUGAAGAGGCGUUCUAAAGACCAACUGACCAUCAGUGCUCUCUUUGAAGCUGCUAGAAAGAGAUCUCGAGGCGGGGACCCCACUCAAGAGAGUGUAGAUUCUGAGCGGGCAUCGUCGCAUUCCAUCAAUUUGGAACUGAACCCAAUGACAAGUGAAGCAUAUGAAACUGCAGACCUCAGUAUAGAAGUCACUGGAUCUGGUGGCAGCGGGGAUCAUGUAAGCGAUCGUGUUGAAGUGCUUGCAUUUGUCAAUGGGGAUGAACGUGAUCCUGCUGAAGCCUGCAGAGCGAUUAGAAACGAUGUUGGAGAACUGGUAGAUCCAAACAAACUGCAGGAUGAUACAAAGCUCUCCUUGCUGUUGGGUCAUUUUGUUCCAGACAGCCACUUUCCGUUUCCUCCUCGGCAAGAGAAGAAGAGUGGGCGAGAUACCAAGCGCUAUUUUCAAUUACAAUGGCUUGAAAAGUAUAACUGGCUAGUUUAUUCUCCAAGCCAAAAUGGUGGAUAUUGUCUACCUUGUGCACUUUUCAGCACUGAUCAAUCAACAGGCCAGCUCUGCAAACAAGCAAUGGUAAAGUUCACCAAAGCGUCUGAGACCCUUAGAAAGCAUGACCAACAGGAAUGUCAUAAGGUCUGCUGUACCAGGGCCAGCCAUUUCAUUGCAACCAGGAGACAUGGUCAGGCAAAUAUUCUUCAGCUUGUCGUAGACCAAGGGAGUAAGCAAAAACAGGAAAAUAUAGCCAAGCUUUGUGCCUUGAUCAAGACUGUAGAGUUUUGUGGACGCCAGAACAUUUCUUUGCGUGGCCACAGAGAGAAAGGAUUUACUUGGGACCCCAACGAACAGUUAGCAUGUAAUCCUGGAAACUUUCUAGCUCUAUUGCGUUUUCGUGUGGACGCAGGUGAUGAACACUUGUUGAGGGACUUCCAUAUGUCUCAGUCUGCUCGAGGACUACGUGCGUCUUACCUGAGCCCAACAAUACAGAACGAGUUGAUUGAGUGCUGUGGGAAGGUUAUACAAGAAGACAUAUUGAGAGAUGUCAGAAAAGCACCAUUUUUCUCAGUGUGUGCAGACGAAUCUGCUGAUGCCAGCAACCAAGAACAGUUGCCCCUGGUUCUUCGUUUCGUCGAUGAGUCUGGACUCAUUCGUGAAGAGUUGGCUGAAUUUCUCUGUUGCUCUGAUGGCACCACCGGGCUAGCUUUAGCUAAUCUGCUACUGACCACAAUGACGGAAAUGGGCUUGCAGCCAAAAGAGAAGCUUCGUGGACAAGGCUACGACGGUGCAGGGAAUAUGGCUGGACCUUUGCAGGGUUGUGCAAGCAGAGUAACUGCAGAAUGCCCAAAAGCGCUGUACCUCCAUUGCAGUGCACAUUGUCUCAACCUGUGUAUAAUAAGGCUAAGCAAACUGCCUUUCAUCCAGUCUAUGUGGUCAUCAUUGUUAGACGUCAACAUCUUUUUCAAAUAUUCACCAAAGCGUGCUCAUGCUAUGGCUGAGAUAGUUCAUGAAUGGCGUCAAGGAGAGGGUGGCGACUCAAAGAAAAAGUUGGUUGAUUUGUGCAAAACAAGGUGGGUAGCGCGACAUGAAGCCCUUGUCGUGUUUGCUGAGCUUUAUCCAGCUGUUUUAACGACGUUGGAGACAAUCAGCAGAAACAGGGGUGGAACAGUUACAUGGAACGCUACUAGCUCCUCCUCUGCUACAUCUCUCCACAAUAACCUAACCCAGUUCCGAUUUCUUGCAACAUUUGUGAUAACAUCAAAAUUGAUGGCUGCAAUUCAAAGCCUAACAUCAAGUCUCCAAGAGAAAGCCACAGAUGUUGCAAAGGCUUACAAACACGUCGCUAGAGUCAUCUCCGUUCUUCAAGAUAUGCGGGACAACAUCAACGACAGGCAUGGUGAAUGGUGGACAGACGUUCAGGCUUUGUGUCUGAAGACUGGAGUGCAAGAGAGUCUCCCAAGAUAUUGCAGUAGGCAGACGUACCGUGGGAACAUUCCAGCGCAAACGCCAGUUGACUACUAUCGCCUGAACGUGAGUAUACCGCUACUAGAUGACAUUAUUUCGCAAAUGAAUAUCCGGUUUGGAAACCUUCAACAACUAGCUAUGAAAGGAAUGUCAUUUAUGCCGACGAUUUUGCUACGUGAUGCUUCAGCCAAAGCAGAUAUUCUUGAAUUUGGAAAGGCAUAUCAAAGUGAUUUUCCUACUGCGAGUCCGAACUUGGAUGCGCUGUCUGCAGAAAUUGACUUGUGGAUUGCCAUACUGAAAUCACUGCCCAUUUCAGAGCACCCCGCUACUGUAGCAGAAGCGUUGCGUUUGGCAAUGGGUAAUCCACUAAUUCCAACUGUGUCGAGGCUAUUGCGCCUUGUCUGCACCUGGCCUGUGACGUCCUGUGAGUGCGAGCGGUCUAUAAGUGCUCUCAAUCGCGUCAAGACAUCUCUCCGGGCAUCCAUGUCGCAGAUCCGAUUCAACGGACUUGUCAUGCUGCAUGUCCAUUACAACAGGAAGUUGUCACACUUGGACGUGAUCCGCUUAUUUUCUGUCAGGAACCCGAGAAAGAUUAUUCUCCCAAACUUUGGAGAGCCAUACUCAGACAGUGAACUAGCUAACACUUUUGUACUGGAUACUGAUUCACCAGAAGACACAUAUCAAGCUCAUCUUCCCACAGUCUCAGAACAAUCGGUCAUUAUUCUGAGUGAAUCAAAAUCUUGUGUAAAAGCUUGUUUCAAUGUUACCGGAAGUCCCAAGCCUUCUCUGAAAAUUGAUCAACAAGCCAACAAAAUCGUCAACAGUUCUGUUGAAAAAGAAGAGAACUGCAUCUACUUCGUGCCUCAAAACGUCAAAGAUGCCGAAAAAAUUACAGUGGCAGCAGAAAACUGCUUUGGACAAUCAAAUGUUACCAUUACUGUUCCAAAAUUUCAAAACACUCUAAAUCCUCAGAACGUUAAAUCAAAUACUCCACCGACACAAAGUACUGCAAAAGAAGAGAUCAAUACAACUUCCUCAGGAUUUCCAGUAUGGGCAUAUACAAUUAUUUCCAUUUUCAGCAUUGCGGCGGUCACAAUUUUUCUCUGUCUUAUCAUAUUUUAUGUUAGAAAGAAAACAUCACACAAAGUAACAAGUCAACAUUCAAAUGAGGAAGGACUAAAGUCAUCGAAUCCAACGAAUGAAGAGUCUAGCCAUGUCUAUGAAUACAUAGCUAAUGCAGAUCAAGUGAGGCAUGUCAGACUGGAGUCAUCUUAUGCUGAACCAAACCAUUUUGUUAUUCAAGAGAAUCCAGCCUAUGGAGCUGAAGUUAAUGUGACGUAUCAGUUGCAGAGUGAGUUAGACUUGGAACUUUCCAUAUACCUAGCGCUUGCAAUGACUUGGUACAGUCAAAUGUCUGAUUACUGCACGCUUGAUCUUCCCACAAUUUCAGAACAAUCCAUUAUUCUGAGUGAAUCAAAUUCUUGUGUAAAAGCUUGUUUCAAUGUUACUGGAAGUCCCAAGCCUUCUCUGAAAAUUCAUCAACAAACCAACAAAAUGAUCAACAGUUCUGUUGUAAUAGACGAGAACUGCGUCUACUUCAUGCCUCAAAAUGUCAAAGAUGCCGAAAAAGUUACUUUGGCAGCAGAAAACUGUUUUGAACAAUCAAAUGUUACCAUUAGUGUUCCAAAAUUUCAAAGCACUCUAAAUCCUCAAAACGGUAAAUCAAAUACCCUACCUAUUAGUACUUCCAAUGCACUCGAUACCCUCAAACUGUCAGAAUCAUCUCCUGUUUCUUCAUACUUAAUCGGUGCAACGAUACAAAGCACUGGAGAAGAAAAGGACAAUAGGACUUUAUCAGGUAGUCAUGGCGUCAAGCUUGACGAGUCUGAGUUACUUUGCGAGGAAGAUGCACAAGCAAUGUAUGCCACACCAGUAAAGACUACAACGGCAAAUUCACAGCCCAAAAUCGAGUACGACAAUACGAUAACAGUUACGCAGAAAUCGAGCCAACAAGGCUACGACGUGCCAGCUCCUCACAUUACUCAUUCAACUGCUCGUUCUCCAAAUACGAGGCACGAAGACAGCGCCGCAAUGUCGUCGAGUUUGGAAUAUGCUGAGUUGCAGUUAGGAAACAACCCGGUGGGCCCUGCAGUUUUAUCUGCUGCUGCUGUCACUGAGGGAGCAGUCAAGUCAUCGAAUCCAACGAAUGAGGAGCCUAGCCAUGUCUAUGAUUACAUACCUAAUAAAGAUCAAGUGAGACUGGAGUCAUCUUAUGUUAAACCAUCCGAUUUUGCUAUUCAAGGACAUCCAGCCUACGGAGCUGCAGUUUAA